AUGGUGUACACUAACAGCGAUACUGAAAAGCCCAGGUCCAAGCAUAGAUGUGAUGAGUGUGGCAGAACAUUUACUCGCUCCAGUACCCUCGUCACGCACAAACGUAUUGACACUGGAGACAAGCCUUACGUCUGCAAACAGUGCGGCCGCGCCUGCAGACAGCUUGGUGACCUGACUCGUCACCAGCUCACCUACACAACGUCCAAGCCAUACAUCUGUCAACAGUGCAACAAAGCAUUCAACCGUGCUUCCAACCUUCACACCCAUAUGCGUACGCAUUCCUAUUACAAGCCAUUCAGCUGCGAAUUCUGCGGCAAGCGGUUUCACCAGAAAGUUGACCUGAAGAUCCACCGCUACACGCUCACGGGGCCCCACAAGUGCCAGAAAUGUGGGCGAGGAUUCAAGCAGCUGACCCACCUGACAUACCAUAUGAGAACACACUCCGACGUCAGCAUAUACAAGUGUGAGUUUUUCACAAAGGGUUUUAGUCAGAAAGGAAACCUGAAGGCGCACGUGUACCGUCAUAUGGGAGAGAGACCAUUCAGGUGUGAUAUCUGUGGUAAGGUUUUUACACUGGCUUCCACUUUAAACACACAUAAGAGGACACAUGCACCGCACAAGCCAUUUCAAUGUCAGUACUGCGAGAAGGCUUUUUAUCACUCGCUUUAA